CUCACACCAUCCUGUUGUUUGGCUCAACUCUUUAACCAUGUGGCUUCAAAAUCUUCUGUUGAGUAUCGACUUCACGGGGCUGCUCCUGUUUGUUUUUCUUUUUCUUCUGGUAGCAGAUUUCCUCAAACACAGGAAUCCACCAAAUUAUCCUCCAGGGCCACUGGGUCUGCCCAUUGUGGGGAGCUUCUUCAGUGUGGACAGUAAACAUCCACACAUUUAUUUCAAUAAGCUCACCGAUGUUUAUGGGAAUGUGUUCAGUGUCCGCCUCGGCAGGAACAAGAUGGUGUUUUUGACCGGGUACAAGAUGGUCAAAGAAGCCUUAGUGACGCAAGCUGAGAACUUUGUGGAUCGACCAUUCAGUCCAAUGGCUGACAGGUUUUACUCAGGCACAGGUGGUCUAUUUCUGAGUAAUGGUGAACAAUGGAAGAAACAGCGGCGUUUCGCCUUGUCUACCUUACGCACAUUUGGCCUGGGCAAAAGUGUCAUGGAACAGAGUAUCUGUGAGGAGACCCGAUACCUGCUGGAGGUGAUAGAAAAGGAGAAAGGUGGACCUUUCAGCACAGCAGUCCUCUUCAACAACGCUGUGUCUAACAUCAUUUGUCAGAUGGUGAUGGGGAAACGCUUUGACUACAGCAAUCACAACUUCAUGACUAUGCUGAAGUAUUUGUCCGAGGUUCUGAUGCUGGAGGGCUCUGUGUGGGGUUUGCUGUAUGAGUCGUUCCCUGGCGUGAUGAAGCACUUGCCAGGUCCCCACAACACAAUGUUCUCCGACUAUAACAUCCUUAAGGACUUUCUCGGUGAGGAAGUCGAGAGGCACAAGAAGGACCUGGACCACAAUAAUCCUCGGGACUACAUUGAUGCUUUCCUCAUUGAAAUGGAGAAUCACAACAAGUCUGACCUGGGCUUCAGUGAGACCAAUCUGAUCUUGUGCACACUGGAUUUGUUCCUGGCUGGAACAGAAACAACCUCCACCACUUUGCAGUGGGCUUUGGUUUACCUCAACAACCAUCCUGAUGUCCAGGAAAAGGCCCAGGCAGAGAUUGACAGAGUGAUUGGACAGACUCGUCAGCCCAGUAUGGCUGACAGACCCAACUUGCCCUACACUGAUGCUGUUAUCCAUGAGAUCCAGAGGAUGGGAAACAUUGUUCCUCAGAAUGGACUCAGAAUGGCUGCCAAGGACACAACACUGGGCGGUUACAUCAUACCAAAGGGUUCAUCCGUAAUGCCCUUGCUGACCUCUGUGCUGUUUGACAAGAAUGAAUGGGAAACUCCAGACACCUUCAAUCCUGGACACUUCCUCGAUGCUGAGGGAAAGUUUGUGAGGAAAGAAGCUCACCUUCCUUUCUCUACAGGGAAACGUGUGUGUCUUGGAGAAGGCCUGGCCAAGAUGGAGCUCUUCCUAUUUUUGGUAGCUUUACUCCAGAGGUUCUCCUUCUCUACUCCUGAUGGAGUAAAGCUGAAUGCAGAGGGCAUCACUGGAGUGACACGAGUGCCACAUCCCUUCAAGGUUCAUGCUAGAGUUCGCUGAGGUCCUUCUCAGCAGAAUCUCACCAAACUGUUUAUCAAUUCUUUGUAAUAAAGUUAGUUAAGUAAAAAAAAAAAAAGUAGAUGAAAAAUUCAUUGUUGGUUUGUGUCAUAUUUCAAGCCAUUAAUACUACUGAUGCUACUAUUACUACUACAACUACUACUAAUAAUAAUGACAACAACAACAACCUUUACUUAUAUAGAACCUUUCAAAACAGUUACAAUUAAAUAAAAAAAUAAAAGCAAUAUGGAGAUCAGUUAACAAAUGAAAGAUAAUUGAGAGAUGUGAGGAGGAUGGGACUGGAGAAUACAAAGGGGUGAGAUGAGAAGGCUUGUUGGGUGAAAAACUUUAACUGUGAUGAAGAAGGAAGGGGAGAAGAGGGUGAGACUGAAAGACUGGGCACAUACCAGAUGAUCAAUAGCAAUACAAUUAAUUCUAUAAUUUAUCAGAAGCUAAGAAUGGAGAAAUGUGCCCUGUGAUUCAUGACCGAAAUCUGUCAGCUGCAUUUUGGACAAGCUGUACUUCAGGCAUUAAUUCAGGCAUGAGAACCAUUUCAUGAAACUUAAAGAAAACACUUUUAAUGUGUGGCUUGUGGUUGUAAAUAACUUUUAAAAUUAAAACAAUAUAAAUGUCAAAA